AGUUUCUGAGUCCAGGAUCUGCAGCCUCUUCUAAUUCCUCUGCUGUAAUCCACCUGAUUGUGUUACCAAACAUAGCUCACCCACGUGAGAGGGGGCCGACUGUCCCAUGAUCCGAUAUUUAUAGGUCAUCGGUGAAGACUCUGGGUGUCUGCAUCUAAAUAAACAUGAGGUUAUGCUGAGGAGUGAGCCGACGGUCAAGUCUAGACCUCCACUUUAACAGUGCAGUUUUCAGUGAUAAUCCUAAGAAAAUGUGACCUGAUCAGUUUAUGCUCCGACAAGAGGAUUACUUAGCGCCAACAAAUACUGACAGAGCAGAUUUCUCUUUCAGCGUUCUCCAAAACACGAUGGACUUAUCUACAUUCGGUGAUGAUCUGGAUGAUGAUGAUGUUGCAGCCCAGUAUGUUAUACAUCAAAGUCUUCAAGAAGCCUUCAAAAAGGAGUCUGUUGUGGAGGCCAUAGAAAAUAGCAGGCCCUUUUCCAUGAGUUCAGAACACAACAAGAUUGUGGCUGCCAUUCAAGUCGGUGAUGAGAAGACUUUAACAAAACUGAGUGACCACCACUCUGCCUUCCGGGAGAUGGAUGAUCGAGGAUGGACUCCACUUCAUGAGGCUGCAGCUCAGAAAGAUAAAACUGUUUUAGAAAUAACAUUUAAAUCUUCUAGUUAUGAUAAUUGGGAGCAGGAAACCUUAAAGGGUGAAACCCCACUGUUCCUGGCUGUAGACAACUGUAGACUAGACAACGUCACCUUCCUGCUAUCCAAUGGCUGUGACCCUGAUGCUAAAAAUGAUACGGAGGAUUCACCCCUUGUUAUAGCGAUACGUCAUGGGUCCUAUGAUAUUGCAUCUUUGUUGUUGCGACACAAUGCAAACGUAAACUUACCAUGUGCUGAUAACAGAACGGCUCUUCAUGAGGCUGCAAAACUGGGCCGCAAGGACAUCACGCGGCUUAUGCUCCAGGCUGGAGCUGACCUGGACUGGACCAGUAACUUUGGGCUUACACCACUGGCCUUGGCUGCACAGCAUGGACACACAGAUGUUAUAGAACUCCUCCUUCAGAAAGGAGCCAGUGUCAUGGCCCAAGCAUCUGAUUCUGCAUCAAUCCUCUUUGAAGCUGCUGCUGCUGGUAAUCCAGAUGCUGUGUCACUACUCCUGGAAUACGGAGCUGACGCCAAUGUACCAAAGCACUCCGGACACUUGCCUAUACAUAGGGCAGCCUACAGAGGACAUCUCUUAGCUCUGCGGUUGCUUAUCCCAGUUACAGACAUGACUACAAUAAAAAGAAGUGGCAUAAGCCCCGUUCAUUCAGCGGCAGCAGGUGGACACCCCGAGUGCCUGGACCUUCUCCUCAGAUCUGGAUUUGAUGUAAAUUUCAUGCUGGCCCAAAGAGUCCGCAAGGGCUAUGACGAUGAGAGGAAGUCUGCCUUGUACUUUACUGUUUCAAACAGUGAUAUUUCUUCAGCUAUGCUUCUCCUUGAUGCUGGAGCUCUUCCAAACCAAGACCCUGUUAACUGCCUUCAAGUGGCAUUACGAAUGGCGAACUAUGAGCUGGUUAACCUGCUGCUCCGCCAUGGAGCUAAUGUGAACUAUGUGUGCCGAGUCAACCCCCUCCACUUUCCUUCAGCCCUACAGUAUGCUCUCAAGGAUGAGGUUAUGCUGAGGAUGUUGCUGAACAAUGGAUAUGAUGUACUCAAAUGUUUUGAUUGCCCUUACGGGAAUAAAGUGCACUAUAUAUAUGGAUAUGAAGGAUGGACUCCUGCUGUCAUCAAGGACACACUGUUCUGCGAAGUCAUAACCCUUACUUGGCUCCGGCACCUCUCUGGUAAUGUGGUCCGAGUCAUGUUAGACUAUGUUGACCAUGUGGAGUUUUGCUGUAAAUUGAAAGAUACUCUUAUGAAGCAGAAGCUCUGGCCUGAAAUCCACUACAUAACAACGAAUCCACGCUCACUGAAACAUCUGUGCCGCUUGAAGAUUAGGAAAUGUAUGGGGCGACUUCACCUGCGCUGUCCUGUUUUUAUGUCAUUCCUUCCUCUACCAAAUCCCUUGAAGGACUACAUCUCGUACAAAGAAUAUGACUUGUUUGGACAAGGGAACUUUUCACGGAACUGGUGAAGAGUCACUAAUCAUAAUGGGGAAAAAAAAAAUGGUGGACUUUUCUGACUUUGCCAGAAAGCCUUUGGAAGAGAAAAUAGCAGCAAAUGUAAGGAUGGAAGACCUACUCCUUUUGGCAGUAUGUCAGUUGGCACAAGGACAUAUUUGCUAUGUGUGACUAAUGGAUAUUGCCAUGAUUCAGCAGCUAUUUGGAUCAUUCAGCUUAUAGCAAGCCAAAUGGGUUUUAUUGUUUCUUCUUCUAUCAUAGAAACAGGCUAUUCUUAAAUGUACUUUCAUUAAUAUCAA